AUGUGGGAUAUGGUUCUUAUUUUUGUUCAUGACAUGAAAACACAAGCUUGUAGCAAGAAGCAGAAAGAUAAAGCUGAGACUUUGUUUUCAGUGAUAAAUAACAACGAUACAAAAGCAAGGAUUUUUUACCUGGCUGACUUAUUCGCACAUGUCAACCAACUGAACAUGACACUGCAAGGGCGAAAUGCUAAUCUGAUAGAUAGUGCUGAGAAAGUACGCUCUUUUUUGAACAAGUUAUGUCUCUGGAAGAUGCAUCUUCAAAAAAAUGAAUUUGCUUAUUUUUGUAAUUUUGCCAAAACUGCUCCGAGCUCAGAAGUAAUCGCAAGCUGCACUGACCACUUGAAAUGCUUGAAAGAAGAUAUGACUAGAAGAUUUAAAGAUAUCAUCGAAAUGAAUCCGCCUAGUUGGAUUAUAGAUAUAGCACAUUUUGACGUAUUAAGUGAAAAAGACAUUGAUCCUAUUAUUGCUGGAGAACUUCUUGAACUGAAGGAGAACAAAGUAUUAAUGAAAAAUAUUGAAAGGGAUGGCUUAUAUGGAUGGAUGAAAGUAGAAUCGAUUCAUCCAUUACUCUUUGAAAAAGUUGUUCCGUUUGUACUUGGCUUUCCCACCACUUGGUUGGUUGAGACAGGAUUUUCUGCAACAAACGAUUUACUCACAAAAAAACGCAAUCAAUUGCAGAUUGAGAAGAGAGGAGACUUACGUUUGAGGUUGAACCAAGAUCUGGAAAUUCAACUUGACAAAUUGAUAGAUAGACAUCAAGAGCAGUGUAGUCAUUGA